AUGUGGCAGCGUCUCGUCCUCGCGACGGCGCACCAGCGGCCAGCGCUGCGCUGCCAGCGGCCCGUGCAGCACCAGCUGCCGCUCCACUUCCGUCCGCUCACGUCCGUGUCUUCCUCGUCGACGUCCGACGCGCGCAGCCGCCGCAUUCUGUGCGUGGACGUGCCCGAGCACGUGGCCGACGUCUCGUGCGUGCAGGAGCUCGUGCAGCGCGGCCACGUCGUGGAUCAGGUGCGCUCGGCGUCGGACGCGUUGCUGCUGUCGGUCGUGCACGACUACGACGCGCUCGUGAUGACGCCCGGCACGCGGUUGUCGCGCGAGGUGCUGCGCGUGGGCGCCCGGCACAGGCUGAAGCUCGUGGCGGUGCCGGCUGCAGCGAUCCCCAGUGAAGACGUGGACCUGCUGGAAGCCACGAAUCAGGGCGUGAUGCUGCUGCAGCUGGAUCCCAAACAGCUGAGCGACCGGUCGUCGGUGGAGGCUGAGAUUGGACUCAGUUUGCUCAUUCAACUGGCGCGGCACUUGCCUCGGAGUAUGGCCUCCAUGCGCGUGGGAAAGGAGCAGCCAUGUGACCGCCAGCAGUUUGUGGGCACCGAGCUCGCUGGCAAGAGUCUCGGCGUCGUGGGCAUUGGCCAAGCCGGACGACGGGUGGUGGACAUGGCCAAUGCACUCGGCUUGCACGUCUUUGGCUUUGACCCGAACUUGAACCACGAGACAGCAGCACUCAUGGGCGUCAAGUCCGUGUCAAUGGACGAGCUGUAUGCCACGUGCGACUUUAUCACGUUCCACGCGCCGUUGACGGCUCGAACGCGCGGUAUGUUUGACGACGAUGCGCUCGACAAGUGCAAGCAUGGCGUGAAGAUUGUGUCCGUUCCCGAGUACAGCGGAUGCCACGGCCUCCUGGAUGAAAACACGCUGCUGCGUGGAGUCAAGUCAGGAAAGAUCAGCGGCGUUGCGCUGGACCUGCUACAGCCAGCGGAAGCAGAAGGUGGGCUGGAGCUGUCGCCCACGUGGCUCGAACUCAUGCAGCACAAGAACGUCAUCACGCAUACCCAUGCUGAUGGCACGGCGUCCGAUGAUGUGCUCCGGGCUCGCAAGUACCGCCUUUUGGCAGAAAACGUUGGCGAUGCGCUAGCGCAGCGCUACUUUCGUGGUGUGGCCAACGGCGUCUUUAUGCCGCUGACGCUGCUGCCGGAGAUGAAACCGUUUAUCGAGCUAAGUGAGUCGCUGGGUCGCUUUGUGCACCAGCUCACUCAGUCGGCUGAUCCCAAGGACCGCAUCACGCACGUGUCGUUGGCUGCCACGGGCGGCUUCCAGAUUGACAUCACCACACCACAGGCUCGCCAGCUUCUUCAGAAUGCGCUUCUCAAAGGUUUGCUCGAGAGCAUGCGUGGGCAUGACAGCGAGCAACCUGAAGUGUGUCUAUUGAAUGCCUCGCUGCUUGCCAUGGCGAAGGGAAUUGACGUGCGCCAGGGCGACUUGCAGAGCGACCCGGCGGCUGUACGUCGCCACCUCAAGAAUUCUUUGGCUGUCGUGGUCAAGACGAAAAACAUGGACAGCUUGCUUGUCAAAGGCAGCGUGUUCGGCGAAGACCCGCGUGUCGUGCGUGUGAACGAGUACUCGGACUUUCCUGCUUUCCGUCCGCAAGGCAAUCUGCUGGUGUUUAACAAUGAGGACGUUCCCGGUGCGAUUGCCGGCAUCCUCAGCGAGCUGGCAGAGGCCAAGAUCAACAUUGCCAACUUUGGUCUCGCGCGCCAGAGCAAUGCUGAGCUCCCGCUUGGUAUACUUACUCUUGACUCCGUUCCGUCCGAUGCCACGCUGGAUGCGCUCAAGAAGUUGCCCAACAUACGUAGCGUCCGUUUCGCACAAGUCUAA